GCCUCCCUUCCGCGGGCUCCCGGGCAGGGGCGCGCCGCCACCGCCCCCGUUUCGCAAGCGGGAAAGCUGGGGACCGGCUUAUCGGCCGGAACUUCCGCAGAGCGGGCCCGAGCCCCGCGGCGUCUGGUCCGCGGCGUCUUUGGCCAGAUUAGUUAGAAACGCCCCGUGUAGUCUUCGCCAACUUCGGGGAGUGCCGUCGGAUGCCCGGGACGCCGACUCCGUGCCGGGCGCUGGGCUGGCUGCGGGAGGACGAAUCUGAUGAGGCCUUCUGGAGACCUUUUGGAACUUAUGGGGGUGGCGGGGACAAACAUCCGCAAGUAAAUACAUGAACAUAAUGUGUUCGCCGUGAGGGUGAUAAGAAAGGAGGAUGCUAUGAUGGUGACUCGGGUCGGAGGAGGUGACGUGUGAGCCGGGAUGAGGCCUGAAUGGGAAAGAGCUGGCCCCGGAAGAUCUGGGGGACAAGGUCUGGGACGGAGGGAACCGGAGGAGCCCCCAACCCGAAUCGAGAAGGAGCUUGGACUCAACCAGAAUGUAAGUUCCUUCCAAAGAAAAUUUGUUGGUGAGGUGAAGAGGUGUGAAGAACUAGAACGAAUAUUAGCAUAUUUGGUGCAGGAAAUUAAUAGAGCUGACAUUCCCCUCCCUGAGGGAGAGACCAGUCCUCCUGCACCACCUCUUAAACAAGUCCUAGAAAUGCAGGAGCAGCUGCAGAAGCUCGAGGUGGAGCUGAGAGAAGUCACCAAGAACAAGGAGAAACUGAGGAAAAACUUGCUUGAGCUGAUCGAGUACACUCACAUGCUGAGAGUGACAAAAACCUUCCUGAAACGGAACGUGGAGUUUGAACCCACUUAUGAAGAAUUCCCUCCCUUAGAGAAUGAUUCCUUGUUGGACUACAGCUGUAUGCAGAGGCUGGGAGCAAAACUGGGAUUUGUAUCUGGCCUAAUUAACCAAGGAAAAGUUGAAGCAUUUGAGAAAAUGCUGUGGAGGGUCUGCAAAGGGUACACCAUUGUGACCUAUGCAGAACUGGAUGAGCCCCUUGAGGACCCUGAAACAGGAGAAGUCAUAAAAUGGUAUGUGUUUUUAAUAUCCUUUUGGGGAGAGCAGAUCGGCCACAAGGUUAAGAAGAUAUGUGAUUGUUACCACUGCCAUGUUUACCCCUACCCAAAUACUGCUGAGGAACGAAAGGAAAUCCAGGAGGGGCUCAAUACCCGAAUUCAAGAUCUUUACACUGUGCUUCACAAGACUGAGGAUUAUUUAAGGCAAGUGCUGUGUAAAGCUGCUGAGUCUGUCUAUAGCCAUGUCAUCCAGGUGAAGAAGAUGAAAGCCAUUUACCACAUGCUGAACAUGUGCAGCUUCGAUGUGACCAACAAGUGCCUCAUUGCUGAAGUCUGGUGUCCCGAAGCUGACCUGCACGAGCUACGCCGGGCACUCGAGGAGGGGUCGAGAGAGAGCGGUGCUACGAUACCCUCAUUUAUGAACACAAUCCCAACAAAAGAAACACCUCCAACUCUAAUCCGCACCAACAAGUUCACCGAGGGGUUUCAGAACAUUGUGGAUGCCUACGGAGUUGGGAGCUACAGGGAAGUGAACCCAGCUCUCUUCACCAUCAUCACUUUCCCCUUUUUGUUUGCUGUGAUGUUCGGAGACUUCGGCCAUGGCUUUGUGAUGUUCUUAUUUGCCCUCUUGCUCGUGAUAAAUGAAAACCAUCCCAGACUAAAUCAGUCACAAGAGAUCAUGCGAAUGUUUUUCAAUGGCCGAUACAUCCUCCUGCUGAUGGGGCUGUUCUCUGUGUACACGGGCCUCAUCUACAACGACUGCUUUUCCAAAUCUGUGAACCUGUUUGGCUCUGGGUGGAAUGUGUCUGCCAUGUACAGUUCCAGCCAUGCCCUAGCUGAGCACAGGAACAUGGUGCUCUGGAAUGACACCAUUGUCAGGCGCAGCAGAGUGUUGCAGUUAGACCCCAGUGUUCCCGGAGUGUUCCAGGGUCCUUAUCCUCUAGGCAUCGAUCCUAUUUGGAACCUGGCCACAAAUCGUCUCACUUUUCUAAACUCUUUUAAAAUGAAAAUGUCUGUGAUUUUAGGAAUUAUUCACAUGACUUUUGGAGUCAUUCUGGGAAUAUUUAACCACCUGCAUUUCCGGAAGAAGUUCAAUAUUUAUUUGGUUUCCGUCCCAGAACUUCUCUUCAUGCUGUGCAUCUUUGGAUACCUUAUAUUUAUGAUUGUCUAUAAGUGGCUGGUUUAUUCAGCAGAAACCUCCCAAGUUGCUCCCAGCAUUCUGAUUGAAUUUAUUAACAUGUUUUUAUUUCCGGCUAGUGAAACAAAUGGUCUUUACUCAGGGCAGGAGCAUGUCCAGAGAUUGCUGCUGGUCGUCACAGCUUUGUCUGUGCCUGUUCUCUUCCUGGGAAAACCGCUCUUCUUGUUGUGGCUGCACAAUGGGCGCAGUUGCUUCGGAGUAAGCAGGAGUGGUUACACGCUUAUAAGGAAAGAUAGUGAAGAAGAAGUUUCUCUGCUGGGAAGCCAAGACAUAGAAGAGGGAAAUAACCAAGUGGAAGAUGGAUGUAGAGAAAUGACAUGUGAAGAGUUUAAUUUUGGAGAAAUAUUAAUGACCCAAGUGAUUCAUUCCAUCGAGUACUGUCUGGGAUGCAUCUCCAACACCGCCUCGUAUCUGAGGCUCUGGGCUCUCAGUUUGGCUCACGCACAGUUGUCUGAUGUCCUGUGGACCAUGCUGGUGCGCGUGGGCCUCCGAGUAGACACCACUUACGGAGUCUUGUUGCUGCUGCCAGUUAUUGCUCUGUUUGCAGUUCUGACAAUUUUCAUCCUUUUGAUCAUGGAAGGCCUUUCCGCAUUUCUUCACGCCAUACGCCUCCACUGGGUAGAAUUUCAGAACAAGUUCUAUGUUGGUGCAGGCACCAAAUUUGUUCCUUUCUCAUUCAGACUACUCUCGUCCAAGUUCGGUGACGACAUGGCAUGAUCGCAUUGCUGUAUCUGACAAGCUGUCAAAUUUAUGGAGAAUUAUCAUGUUACAGAAUUUCACUUACGUCAGAUUUACAAUAGGAAAAAUUCCGUCUUCAUUGAUUGCCUUAUGAUAUAGCCAAAUAAUUCUGUAAGAUAUACCUCUUCCACAUGUUAAAUAUUUUGUAAAGUUUAUCAAUUUCAGAUAUAUAAAUUUCUUUCAGUUUUUAUGAUGAGCAAAUAGAUGUUAAUGCCAAAAGUUAUGUUAAAGUUAUUUUUAAAAAUAGAGGCUUGGGGGAGAGAAGCGGUUUUGAAUGUUUAAUUGAAACUGGUCUUAGAUAUUUAGUUCCUUUUCACCUUAUUAAAACAACAAAGAGGUAGUCUGUCGCUUGACGUUUUCAGAUAAUAUUUUCCAACUGCUGAAGUUAAGUAUAGUUUUUUUAAAAAAAUUUAAUGACGGAUAAUCAAAAAGAUUCAUAUUCUGCUUGAUUAAAAGUAUGUAAACAUUUUUUUAUUGUAUGCUAUCUAGAACUGCAAGUAAGGGAUUGUUUCUACAAUUUUGUCUUGUUUUAAUAAUUGGGGAAAAUGGGAUGAAAUAACGUAAAACAGAUGGUUAUCCCACUUGUAUAUUUUUAAAACUGUUCUUAUCCUGUUAUCCUUAUGUAAAACCGAUUAUGAUAAUUGUAUGUUUGAAAGGUAAACUGUAUACUGAGCCUUAAGACCCAAUAUGACUGGAGAAGAUACGAUAUGGAUGUGAUUUGAGCUUAGAGACCAGCUUGGCUAAUGUAACUGAACCAGAAGGGGUUUAUACCGAGUGAAAGGAAGAUUAAAAAGUAGUAUUUUGUGUAUUUUUAUAACAAAAUAUAAAUUGAGUAUUUUACCCUAAAGAGAUUGCAGCUGUCCUUGAGAACAGUCUAAUUUUUUACUUUCAGACUAAUUAUAAAUAAAGGUCUCAUAAAGGUAUUUAGAGUUAAUUUAAACUUUCAAACACUGGAUCAAUUGAAAAUUAAUUCUUAGAAUCUUUAGUUUAAAUCCAUCUAUUCACUUGAAAUAUAGUUUUGAAUAAAUAUAGGUCUGUCCUAGGGAAUAUUUUAAUCUGUGCAGACAGUCCUUGACUUCAAUGGUUUAGUUUAAUGAAUUUUGAAUUAAUGAUGGUGUGAAAGCAAUACUGCAUUCAGUAGAAACUGUAGUUGGAAUUUUGAAUUUGACUUGUCCCGGGCUCGCGAUCUGUGGCCCCAUCCUCUCCCCUGAUGCUGGGCAGUGGCCGCAGCACUCCCAUCAGCCACAUGGUCACGAGGGUCACUGACCACCACCUGCACCCAACACCUCAUUAUAAAAUAGGCUUUGUGGUAGAGCUCACAUUGGUGCUCUGAGCAUGAUUAAGGUGGGCCAGGCUAAGCUGUGUUGUCCCAUAGGUCAGAUGUGGUAAAUGUAUUUUCAACUUUGAAUAUUUUUAACUUACGAUGAGACCCCAUCGUAAGUCGAGGAAGAUCUUUUGUCUUGUAAAUUAUGUUCAUUUUUCAUAUUUUACUGUAACUGUAGAUAAUUAUUUUCAAAAAGAAAUCUGCUGUGUUCUCACUUUCUUAACAUUUUGAGAAACUUUCGAAAAGGUCUGUCCGUGUACUCUUUCACCUGACUGGUGGUAAUGUUUGGAAUUUUCAUUCUAGCUGAGCUUAUGGUAGCAUUGAAUCUAAGUGUAUCUUUUCAGAAUGUCAAGACCUGUUUGCUGAGAGGCACGAACUAAGCACCCCGACAUAAUUGGGACUCUCCCAUUACACCUUUCUAAGUGUAGGAAAUGUUCCAUGCUGCUCUUCUGUGAGCUGUUACUGAAAGCCAGCCUGGAGUUACUAGGUUUUGUCCCUCAUAUUACAGUAUCAAGCCUAAACUAUGCUGAUGAGACUCUGGGAUGUGAUUCUGCUCUCAGGGUUCAUUUUCCCUGGGAAAGUGUAAUGUUGGUUGGACACUUCUGUUGGGAGAAAUGCAAAAUCUCAAUAAUGCUGCCGAGGUUGCAGACUUGUCCCUGAAAAGUUGACAUCUUUAUUACUUUUACUCCAAGUAUCUGUGGUAAUAAAAGGGUAACUGAUUCAUCCCUAGGAAAACCCUGGUUUCAGAGUACCAUUAACUGAUUAGUAAACAAGAGGCAUGCAGUGUCUGCUGAAAGUUUUUAGGGUCCCCUUUGGUGACUUGUUAUGGUCCAGUUUGUAAUUCUAAGUAACACCUCUUAUCAGGAUAUAGAACAGAGAGGGAAGAGUCAUUUUUUUAAUUGAAACCUAUGCAGUAGUUAUGUAUCCUAUGUAAUUAUAUAAAAAAAUGUCUUAGUGGUCCUAACUUUUAUGAAAGAACUCUGUAGAAAUAGAGUUCGAUGGUGUCUUUUAGGCACCAGGGGAAAUUUUAUUUUUUUCUAAGGCUAUAGGUUCCAGUGUUAUGUUACCAGAGCAGUUGCUGUGCUUUGUUUUUAAGCUGUUUGGUAGAACUAUUAUACAUACAAUUUUAAAGACAGACUUUAUUCCCUUAAUAGCAAAUAUCCAGAGGCAAAAUGGUCAGUUAUCAUGGUGAUGUUACAUAUCUGCUUAUUUUCCUGCAGAGAACGUUCAUGAUAAAUGGCAUGAUGGCCACAUUUUCUAGUUUUCAUCCAGGUGUUCACUCCAUGUGGAAUCCUAAAAUAAAAAUCCAAGGGAUUUCUUCAGGAAACAAUUUGAUUUCAUCCUGCAAGGCUAAGGAGUAUCCUUGUGGUGACAUAAUUGUGAUAAGGAACUCAAGAGGGUGUUCUGGUGAGGAUCAUGAUGAGCUUUCCAUUCAUUGUGGAUAGGACCUUGAAAUGAAUCACCUUUCACUGAAUGUCACUCUGCCCUCGUUUGUGGAGUAGGUAUUUUUAUAAAAACAUUCCGUUUUGUUUUCAUUCUGCUGUAGUUUAAUAAGCCAUAGAAUAUAGCAUAGGUAACUCAGGAUGUUUAUGAAUUAAAUAUUCAGACAUUUUAGGGCCUGAUUCAUUUUGGAAAACAAAAACAAAACUUCUAUAACUGUUCUGCAGUCUGCAUUUAAAAACAGUAAAUUUCUUCAUUAAAAUUUUAAAGCCAAAUUUGCUUGCAUGCCAUCUAGUGGAUCUCCAGUAACGUUAUUGAGAAAUCUUAAUUCAAGAUGAUGGAAAUGAGGCAGUUCCAAGUAAUAGUUUUCCAACAGCUAGGUCAUUGAUGCUGAGCUUUGGUUUAGAAUUGUAAGAAAUACUUCCAGCGUUCCACUUGUUCCUUGAUGGGAAAAUCCAGUGGGAAGGCUAGGUUCUUGGGGUCAGCCUUUGUCUAAAGACUCAACUCUGUGAGGGGGAAACCACAGUCGCUAAAAGUGUCACAAAUGCACAAAAGGACAAUUUUGCAUCUUCCUAUCAGUACUGGACUUCUUUUACUAAUGAAAAAUAAAUAUAUUUUUUAAAGCA